AUGAAGCUAUUGGCUCGGAUGAAACGAGACACGUCUGCAAGUAUACUGCAGGAUGAAGAGGGACAAGAUCGAGCCACUCCGUCAGGAAGUGUAGAGGAAUUCUGCAAUCAGUCUACGCAAACACUGGAUGGUGAAGAAGGCCUAGAAGAGGUUUUGCCUUUGUACAGAUCGAAUGGUUUUCCUGAACGGCUGAAACGAUUCGUCGGUUUACCCCCUGACAUGUCUCUUACGCCUACGGAUUGCCCUUUAGAAGCUUCAGGGGAAAAAUGUUCAGAUGUCUUUUGUCAGUCAGCACACAUGAAUGACGAUCAGUUAUCAACAGAAGACGUUCUAGCCAUGAUGAUCAGCUACGCUCCGGGUUUGGUUGAUUCUGGCGAUGAUGCUAAUAUAACG